UCACACGGCUUCCAACGGCUUCCAGCUUCCAGCAUGCCCUCACCCAAACAACACUCGCAUCAUCAGGCUAGCAGUCCAAUUGCUCAGACCCCCUCACCUCCACCACGACCCUCUGCCCCAGUAACGAUAUCAUCGCUAUUGUCAGGUCUGCCCCUCGCGGCUACCUCUCCUCCCCCAAUAACUGUCCACACCGUCGGUCUUGCUCCGAAGCGCUCCUCUGCCACGGCUUCCCCAUCGCCCACGCAAGAAUCCCAGCCGUCUCCCGAGGGAGCUGGCCCGCUUAGUGGGGCAUAUGUGAUCCCCCCGCGCCCAAAACCUGGGCGCAAACCAGCAAAGGAUGAGCCUGCCUCGAAGCGCAAAGCCCAAAACCGCUCCGCGCAACAGAAAUUUCGCGCAAAGAAGGUUCAAAGGCUAGAGGAGUUGACCAUCCAACUGCAAGGCGUCCAGGAAGAGAACCAGCGCUUGCAUGCCGAAAGCAGGCUGCGAGAAGCGAGAAUGAAGGAGUUGGAGAUGGAGUUGCAGCAAGCGCGCGAGCUACAGAACACAACCGCCCGUGAGCGGGAUUAUUGGAGAAGCAUGCAUUCGACUGCUUCGGAGUUCCAAGCUGCAGAAGUCCUUCAAAGUCAGUUCUCUCGCAAAGGUUCUUCGUCGACUUCAUCGGUCCGCGAACUCGAAACAGAUUUCACUGGCUAUCGCACGCCCGACACCAUCAUGGACGUGAGUUGUGGUGGUUGCACACCUACUGGACAUUGUGCUUGCGUAGCAGAAUAUACCAAGUUGGGCUAGAGACCUUUCCAUGCGGGCGUUCGGAGUUCUGAGCAAUAUCCUUCCUUGCCGCUUGACGAAUUCAUUGGGUGGUAAAUUCUUUCAGUGUAUUUAUUUGGGUGAAUGGUUUCCAAGGUGAAAAGGGUUCCUAGGGUUAUGAUGGCUUUUCAGUCAUGCAACGGUCAGGGUUAACAGGUGUACAUAAUUGCUUUCGAGUAAAAGACAAAGUCUUCACUAUCAUAUCUACAUCUCUAGAGUGAAAUUGUGUGCCCGUACUAGUGAUGAAUUGAAGUCGCCAUUGAGGAAUUACAAUUCCCUUUGGAUCAGACGUCGACAUUGUCGGAUUCCCACGGUCUCCUAACCU